GUUAAAAGGCAGCAGGGACAGAGCUCCAGAAACUCAGACCUGGUCACCCUCCCAGGGAAGAUGCAGCGACUCCUGAUCCUGUUGGCUUUCUUUCUACCUGCCAGGAUGAGGGCAGGGGAGAUCAUCGGGGGAUAUGAGGCCAAGCCCCACUCCCGUCCCUACAUGGCCUUGGUCCAGUUCCUUGAUGAGAAUUUUGUGGAGAACCAGUGUGGGGGCUUCCUGAUACGGGAGGACUUUGUGCUGACCGCUGCUCACUGUUUCGGGAGCUCAAUGAAUGUCACCCUGGGGGCCCACGGCCCACAACAACAGGAGAAGACCCAGCAGGUCAUCCCUGUGGCAAAACCCAUUCGACAUCCAGAUUAUAACCGUGAGAAGAUAGUCAAUGACAUCAUGCUGCUGAAGAUGAAGCGCAAAGCCCAGCGGACUAAGGCUGUCCAGACCCUCAAGCUGCCCACAGGCAAGGCCCAGGUGAAGCCAGGGAGUUUGUGCUAUGUGGCUGGCUGGGGCGACACAGACGCAAGGGGAACACCCUCAAACACACUGCAAGAGGUGAAGAUCAAAGUGCAGGCAGACCAGGUCUGUGAGUCCAGCUUUGCAAAUUAUGACAAGAACACUGAGAUGUGUGUGGGAGACCCAAAGACAAAUCAUGCAUUCUUUCAGGGGGAUUCUGGAGGGCCCCUUGUGUGUAAGAACGUGGCCCAGGGCAUUGUCUCCUAUGGACGUAAAGACGGGACAACUCCAGGAGUGUGCACCAAAGUCUCAAGUUUUCUACACUGGAUAAAGAAAACCAUGAAACGCCCCUAACUACAAGAGACAAACUAGGCCUUUUAUUUAACCAUCUACCCUAGAGCUGAGUCCAGAACUGAACUAGGAGAGGUCUCUUAGCCCAAUGCAAUAAAUGUCUCUUAG